AUGGCAGCCGGCUUGGCGUUUCGCGUGGCGGUGCUCGCCGCCGUCCUGCUGGUCCCUUUCCUCGGCCCGCCGGCCGUGAAGGCGCAGCUCGGGCAGGUGAGGAAGUACUGCGGCAGCCAGUUCGCCCUCGCCAGCCAGGCCUGCGCCAUCCUCCCGCCCACCAGCCCGGAGCACCGCCAUCGCGACGACGAUGAUGAGGACGAGGAUGAUGAUGACGAGGACGAGGACGAGGAUGAGGACGACGACGAGGACGACAAGGGAGGCGGCGGCGGUGGAGGCGGAGGCGGAGGCGGGGGCGGGGGCGGUGAUGAUAGUGGUGGUGGCGGCGGCGGCGGUGGCAACGCGACAUCCCUGAUCACGGUCGACCCUGAUGUGCUCCACGUGGCUGUAGCCCGCAACGGCACUGUCCGUGCCGGCCACCGUCGCACUAGGCGGACUCGUCGCAGGCGCCGCCACCACCACCGCCGCCGCCGCCGCCGCCGCGGACGCCACGUGGGCGAGGGGGAGGACGAAGGCGAGGGCGGCGAGGGCGAGGACGAGGAUGAGGACGAGGACCAGGACGACGAGCAGGACGACGAUGACGAGGACGAGGACGAGGACGACGACGACGACGACGACGACGAUGACGACGAUGAGGAGGACGAGCACCGCGCGUACCGGGACUGCUGCCGGUGGCUGAAGGAGGUGGAGCCCGGGUGCGUGUGCGAGUCGCUGCUCCACCUGCCCAUGUUCCUCGUCAAGCCGCAGCACAAGUACACCCUCCGGGUCGGCAAGACCUGCGAGGUCACCUACCGCUGCGGCGGCGGCCGCGCCAUGUAGCAACCCCGCACGCACAGACGAGGAGGAGCCAAGUCACAGACUGGUUGGUUAUCUACAGCUACGUACGUACACCGAUCCUACUUCAGAAUCCUUACUGGUAAGUGCGGCAUAGAAAGUAAUCAAGGAUGCCGCCUCGUAUGAUCCUUUGCCGUGUUACCACGGGUUUGCCAUCGGCGUUUUACUGCGUAUAUACCACGGCCUCGUUUGGGCUAAGCAGGUGGUGUAUACGCUUAGCAGUUUUAUGUGACAGCACUAUGUGUGUACCUAUAGAUAUGGUGUGUGUGUGUGUGAGAGUGUUGUACUUGUACUCGAGCACCCGAUAUGUUUGGAGACCAUGCAUGCAAAGCUCGGGUACUCUAUAUAGGUUGCCGUAUAGCAAAGUAGAAAUAAGAAAAAUGUAACUGUAACUGUAACUGUAAUCGUGCUACUCUGUCUAAUUUUAGGCUGUCUGCAAGAUAUGCAAUACAAAUGUCAUUCGUACGUA